UAGAAGAAUUUACUAACCAGUUUGCAUUGCCUCAAUUAUUUCUCCUUUCCUUUCCUUUCCUUUCCUUCCCAAAUCCCCUCCCUUCCCUUUACAAAUACAACGUCGUCGCUCCGAAAUCAUCAGAUUUAUUUUACAACACCAAGAAACAAUAAGUGCUGCUGCGAUCUUCGUUGGUUGAGGCCAAAAUACAAACAGGUAAAAGGCGUUGUCGCACUCUCACAGCAAUUGAUAAGUAAGUGAAAAUUUUCUCGGCCGAUCUGUGCGUGUAAAGUAAAUAAACGACCGGAAUGUCAACUAUAUACGUAACAGAGCCUCCGACGAAAGGCAAGGUGAUAGUGACGACGACGUACGGACCGCUCGACAUAGAGCUUUGGCCUAAGGAGGCACCCAAAGCCGUCAGGAACUUCGUCCAGCUAUGUCUUGAAGGUUACUACGAUUCCACCAUCUUCCAUCGCAUCAUCAAAUCCUUUCUUGUUCAAACCGGUGAUCCCACCGGUACCGGCACAGGGGGUGAAAGUAUUUAUGGAGGUGUCUUUGCUGAUGAGUUUCAUUCGCGUCUAAGAUUCAACCACAGGGGUUUAGUUGCAUGUGCAAAUGCUGGUUCAUCACAUUCUAAUGGAAGCCAGUUCUUUAUAACGUUGGAUCGCUGUGAUUGGCUUGACAAGAAGCAUACCAUUUUUGGAAAGGUAACCGGGGAUUCACUCUAUAAUCUUUUAAGAUUAGGUGAAGUUGAAACUGAUAAAAAUGAUCGGCCUAUUGAACCUCCACCGAAGAUAAUCUCAGUUGAGGUACUAUUCAACCCAUUUGAUGAUAUUGUUCCAAGAGUAGCACGUGCAAAGUCUUUGUCCUCUUCCACAGUUGAUACUGACAACAAAAUUUCUAAGAAGAAAGCUGUGAAAAAAUUGAACUUGCUUUCAUUUGGGGAAGAAGCGGAAAACGAAGAAAAGGACCUGUCAGCUGUAAAGGAAAAAAUAAAGAGCAGUCAUGAUGUAUUAAAUGAUCCUCGUCUUCUAAAGGCAGACAAUCCGAGUAAUGAUUUGGUGCAGAACUCAUCUGAAGCCAAAAGAGUUAAAGAAGCUCUAAUCUCAAAGAAAGAGGAGUUGCCGAAAGAAUCAAGAGCGGAACCUUCUGAUGUCAUUGAUGAUAGUGAUGAUGAUGAGGCCAACUUUGAUGCACGAAUGCGUCAACAGAUACUUAGAAAACGAAAAGAGAUUGGAGAUCUCCCAACUAAGCAAAAGUUGCGAAAUGAGAAUUCCAGCGCAAAGGAUCUCGAAACAUCUCCACCAAGUAGGUCCAAUGCUGAAAUUGAUGAUGACCGACCAAAAGUGGAGAAAUUGUCCAUAAAGAGAAGAGGAAUAGGCUCAGAAGCCAGGGCUGAUCUUAUGGCUAAAGCAGAUUCAGACUUACAGUUAUUAGGUGAAGCUGAACGAGAAAGACAGUUGCACAAACAAAAGAGGCGCAGACGGCAAGGACAUGAAGAUGAAGUGCUAGCAAAACUUGAAAAGUUUAAAGCUUGCAUUUCUGCUAAACCUAUUGAAAUUAAUAGCAAGUCUCAAGGUGUCCACGAAGAGGAUUUGUCUGAUUGGGCAGCAGUUACGCUAAAGUUUGCCCGUGAACCUGGCAAGGAUAAUAUGUCUCGCAGAGAGGACCCAAAUGACUACGUGGUAUUCGACCCUCUGUUGGAGAAGGGAAAAGAGAAGUUCAACAAAAUGCAAGCCAAACAAAAACGACGGGAACGAGAAUGGGCCGGCAAAUCUCUCACGUGAUCUCAUCUGCCAACCUUACGGAUUUGUUAAUGAUACGAGCCCUGAUGGAAUUAAUGAGUUUAAUACCGCAUCUAUUAAAUUUGCGAUGCAAUUUGACCAGUGAAACUGCAAACCAAUGCGGUUAUAAUCUUUUAAGGACCAGAGAAGCUCGAGUUGUAUUUGACCAAUUGUCAAAAUCUUUCGCCAAAGAUUUUGAUUUGAUCUACUUUGUUACUGCUGUUUCUUCUUCUUCUUCUGUUUUUUUUUUAAUCUUUUUGUCUAAUAUUGGGUGAAGUAUACAAUUUACAAACGCAUUGGAUAUUUAUGUUAGUGGUAUAGAUUUGUAAUAAAAAAUAUCUGUUUAGUCUGUCUA